UCCCUGACUCACUCUCACACACCUGGCCUCCUCCCUGCAUGAAACGCUCUCGUCUUCAUGAAGAUUUCCUCUCAUUUUUACCGGGCAGCAGCAGCAGCUUCCUCAGUCGUCACGUCUCUCUCUCUCAUCCUUCUCUGACGAUAAUGAAUCACCAAUUCCUCCCUCCAUCUCCGCUACUGAAAUGCUCCAGCGGUCAAAGUUUGUGCGGUAAACAUAUCGGGAGCUCCUCCUUUGAUGUCGGAUGGUAGUCGGUGAAGCUUUGAAGCUCAACCAGAGCAGCUCACUGCACCACUCGAUGCUGUGUGAGAUGCUGACUGCCAGAAGAUGAGAAACCAGCUUUGACGAUCCACAGAUGUCCUCCCUUUUCGGACCAUUUGACUUCAACAUCACAUCCAGCACCUGUAAGCGAGGGAAGAUUUUACCUGCUCUUGCUCUGGAAGACAACCUCCAUCUCGUUAGUGUACAAAACUGACUGGUCCAGCAGACACACGCAGUGGCAUUUACCUUAAUGAUCUGAGCCAAAUCAUUCCCUUGUGAAAUUGGCUGCUGAACAGUACAUGAUUUGAGUUUCUUGAGAGAUUUUCUUCAAAGACAAAAUCAUUUCAGUCAACAUCCUAGACCUAUCAGACCCAUUGAAAGGGCUACCGAGUAUUGUCUUCAGCUUCCCUAAGGAGGAAUCCUUUCCUCCUCCUCCUAAAAUCCUUACAACGUCCUUCGACCGCCCAGACAUGGACCUYCACCGGGCAGCCUUCAAGAUGGAGAGCUCCUCCUAUCUGCCAAACCCUCUUGCUUCUCCAGCCCUCAUGGUGUUGGCCUCUACUGCUGAAGCUUCCCGUGACGCUUCGAUUCCGUGCCAGCAGCCUCGCCCCUUUGGCGUCCCGGUCUCUGUCGAAAAGGAUGUCCAUUUGCCGUUCAACAAUGGUUCGUACACCUUUGCGUCGAUGUAUCACCGCCAAGGCGCGGUCCCACCAGGAUUUCCCAACAGGGACUUUCCUCCGUCUCUUCUCCACCUUCAUCAUCAGUUCGCCCCGCCCAACCUGGACUGCUCGCCCAUCAGCAUGCUGAACCACAGCGGUGUGGGCGCCUUCAGGCCUUUCGCCUCGCCUCCGGAAGAUCGCGACGGGGUACCGGGCGGUUAUCAAUCUGCAUUCACCCCGGCAAAGCGCCUCAAGGGCUGCCUGGAUGCGGAGGCUUCACCCCACCUGCGUUACUCUGAUGCCGAGGGGAAAGAGUAUGACUUUGGCGGCACCCAGAUCCCUCCGGGAGGCUCGCCCAGCAGCGCCUUGAAAGCAGUUGAGGACAGCGGGAAAAAGAUCUUCGCCAUGUCCGGCCUCCUGUCAGACCGAGAGACUUCCUCCAGCCCAGAGGACCGCAUUGAACGCUAUUUGGAGGCGCAUAUUGAGAGCGUUCAGUCCACCGCUCCGUCAUGACGGCACCCCGGACCCUUGAGAAACUCUCUCCCUCUCGCUCCGGCUCUCUCCAAGGGCCUCUGCCUCGCAUGUUGUCAGAAAGUAUGACAUCACCGUGCCCUUUGACCCAAGCAGUCCUGAGAGCACCGAUUGGAUGAUUGGCUUAUAGAGGACGUCCACAUCGACUCCAAACUCAAUUCUGCUGAUGUCAGGAGCUAUUAUAACUGACGACAUGCACCGCAGACCGGGCCRAUGUGCUGGGCGCGUCUGUGCAAUUGUGUGUGUGCGUGCGWRUGUGUGUGCGUGCGUGUGUGCUUGUGUGUGUGYACGGUAACGUGUGCAUGUGUCCGCUGAUGUGCAGUCAUGUUCAGGGUUAUAUAGGUCAAAUGUCUGAAACUAGAACAUCUCCCAGCUGAAAUACCAGGCAAAAUGUCAGAGUCUGGCUCUGCGCGAUCCCUUCGAUCAAUAGUUCAAUUGGACAUAAAGGCAUUGUUGUAGGCGGUGGGCUGACAUGCUCAUCACAGCAUUUGAGACCCCUCACCUGUUUUCACCUUCAAUUAAUUAUGCAGCUUGUAAGUUAAAAUGAACAGCGUACAGUCGUAAUUUACAACUUCCCUUUGAAUAUUGCUGGAAACGUUGUAUUGUAUUCCCUGUGACACGAGUAUGAAACCUAAAAAAAAACUAAAAAAAAAACUGAACAGUCGACAGCUUUGUGCCAGUAAUUCAAAAUGAACAAAMAUGUAGGCUUUCUGCAGUGUGGCGUCCGUUUCAAAAUGUAUUACUGACAGGAAAAUGCUGCUGCCAGAUGGAAGUCAUGAAAGAGUGUUGUUUUUUGCGACACAAACACAGCAGU